CGUGAGGCUCUGCUCCCGGCGCCUGCGCAGAGUGCAGGGCCACGUCGCUUUUGCGGUACCAGAGACCACGCGUCUCAUCCAUGGCUUCCGCGGACUUGCACCGGGAGGCAGAUGGCGGCGGUGCUGGGGGCACCUUCCAGCCCUACCUAGACUCCUUGCGGCAGGAGCUGCAGCAAACGGAUCCAACGCUGUUGUCAGUAGUGGUGGCGGUUCUUGCGGUGCUGCUGACGCUAGUCUUCUGGAAGUUAAUCCGGAGCAGAAGGAGCAGUCAGAGAGCUGUUCUUCUUGUUGGCCUUUGUGACUCCGGGAAAACGUUGCUCUUUGUCAGGUUGUUAACAGGCCUUUAUAGAGACACUCAGACUUCCAUUACUGACAGCUCUGCUGUAUACAGAGUCAACAAUAACAGGGGCAAUAGUCUGACCUUGAUUGACCUCCCUGGCCAUGAGAGUUUGAGGCUUCAGUUCUUAGAGCGGUUUAAGUCUUCAGCCAGGGCUAUUGUGUUUGUUGUGGAUAGUGCAGCAUUCCAGCGAGAGGUGAAAGAUGUGGCUGAGUUUUUGUAUCAAGUCCUCAUUGACAGUAUGGGUCUGAAGAACACACCAUCAUUCUUAAUAGCCUGCAAUAAGCAAGAUAUUGCAAUGGCAAAAUCAGCAAAGUUAAUUCAACAGCAGCUGGAGAAAGAACUCAACACCUUACGAGUUACCCGUUCUGCUGCCCCUAGCACACUGGACAGUUCCAGCACUGCCCCUGCUCAGCUGGGGAAGAAAGGCAAAGAGUUUGAAUUCUCACAGUUGGCCCUCAAAGUGGAGUUCCUGGAGUGCAGUGCGAAGGCUGGAAGAGGGGACGCGGGCUCUGCUGACAUCCAGGACUUGGAGAAAUGGCUGGCUAAAAUUGCCUGAGAGGCAGCUCCAAAGCACAAGACCCGGAUGUGUGUGAUACACAGUUUUGGCAAACGGGCUGUGGUAGUCUGGAGUUGAUAAGGAAGGGAUACAAAAUGUGAUUAGAAACAUUUCCUUGUUGAAACAAAGUACUGUUGAAAUCAGCUUGGAAUUUUUUUUUUUAAGUUCAUUUCUCCCUUAUGGCUGCCUUUCAAACAAGUACCUUUUAUUUGAUGCCUGUAUCUUCCCUUUGUUAAGGUUUAACUUGAUGUAGGGUCAAGGUUUUUGUGACAACAAGCAGACUCCACACAGACAGGAUAUGAUGCGAUAUGGCCAUCACCUGAAAAGUUUUCUUAUCUUCUCCUCCUAUGCUUUGGUCCCUUUCUCCUGGAAACAAACCUGCCUAUGUAUGAAGCUAGUUGAUUUCCAGUUGCCUCUGAAGUUCCCAGGCAAGACAUUGUCUAGUCCUUUGCGAAUUUCUCUGAUUUGUGGGCACAGUUAACGAAGUUUCCCCACAUGUGAAGACAGGUACAAAACAACAGAGCCAAGCAGACAGUGGGUCUGUUCUUCAUUAGCUCAGUGACUUGUCCACACUCCAGUCUUAGCACUUAUGUUUCAAAAGCUUGUCACAAACCCUUGGAGUCAUUCCCAGAUAACAGAACUGGACGUGAUAAAUCCCCUAAUGCCAAAGGUCUAGUGUGUUCUUAGUGGUUAUACUGGGAAGUGUAUGGAGAUUUAGGUGCUGCUCUGCUUCUCUGGAUGGCUGAAGGCUCCUGGGCCAUCUUCAUGUGCUGCUCGAAGAGCUCCUAGUUUGUACUUUUGGCUAGAAUGCUGUGGAGCAAAUACAAAGUGAAAAAAGUUCUCUACAAAUUUCUGAAGUGCAUAUUCAUUGAUGCCAAAAAAAAAAAAAAAAAGUUGCCUUUUGAAGUGA